AUGUUCUAUGGGAUUCUUCUGCUGCUAUUGUUGGAAUGGAAGCUGGGUCUCGUGCGCUCUCUGCUGACGGUGUUGCUCCACACGGUGGAACGGUAUUCGGCGCCGACCAUCACGGUGCCUUUGCCGCGGACAACGUUUGACGCGGCGCCAGCCACGAAGCCCCUCACUCCUCGAUCAGGCCCCGCAGGCACAAUACAGUGCUAUGACAAGGGCACGAACGCACCGAUUGGCCUUGUAAACGUUACGACCCCAGACCAGGUGCGCGCGGCGGUCGCUCGGGCUCGAGAAGCCCAAAGGGCCUGGGCAAAGACGUCUUUUUCAACGAGACGGAUGUUGCUCUUCAGUUUGAUGGAUUACGUCUUGGAUCACCAACGCUUUAUUUGUGAAACUGCCUGCGUGGAGUGUGGAAAAACGAUGAUGGACGGUUCGCUGGGGGAAAUGCUCACCACACUAGAGAAGCUUCGCUGGACAGCGGCGUACGGGGAGGAGGUUUUAGCUGAAGAAGUACGAGAUGUUGGUCUCAUGACGUUUCACAAACGCGCCGCCGUGAAUUACGUUCCAUUUGGUGUUAUUGGGGCCAUUGUGUCGUGGAACUAUCCCUUUCACAACAUUUAUGGACCAAUGAUUUCCGCACUAUUUGCUGGCAACGCAUUUGUGGGAAAGGUGUCUGAAUAUUCUUCCUACUACGCGGCAUACUAUCAGUCCAUUGUGAGGGAGGGCUUGAAAAGGUUGGGUCAGUCUCCGGAUCUCGUGACUUUUGUCACGGGGUUUGCAGAAACGGGGGAGACGCUUGUUAGCUCCGUAGAUAAGCUCACAUUUAUUGGCUCCCCCACAAUUGGGAGACUCGUUAUGCGCAACGCCUCAGCGACACUUACUCCUGUUGUCUUGGAGCUUGGCGGCAAGGACCCUGCGGUGGUGUGUGACGAUGUGGACUUGGAGCAGGUGGUUCCUAUCAUUUUGCGUGGCACUUACCAGAACUGCGGUCAAAAUUGCGUUGGACUGGAACGUGUCAUUGUGCAGGAGUCCAUCCACGACCGCCUGGUCGAGAGGCUGGAGAGGACCGUCAAGACACUCACGCAGGGUCCCUCGUCGCAGGGAUUGUACGACAUGGGAGCCAUGACAAUGGGAGAGGCCGCCCUACAAAAAAUUCGCUCACUUAUCGACGACACCGUUGCUGCGGGUGCCACGCUUGUUUGCGGCGGUAAGCCCUGCAAUGGAUUUUUCCCACCGACCAUCCUCACGAACGUCACGCCCACUAUGCCGAUUGCGCGGGAAGAGGUCUUUGGGCCUGUGCUUGUCGUGAUGAGGUUUAAAACCGACGAGGAUGCGGUGAAGAUGGUCAACGCCUGCGAGUAUGGCCUGGGCUCGAGCGUCUUUUCGGAGGACGUUAAGCGUGCCAAACGGAUCGCGGACCAACUGAGGACAGGCAUGGCGAACAUCAAUGAUUUUGGUAUUAACUACCUUUGUCAGUCGUUGCCCUUUGGCGGGGUGGGAGUCAGUGGAUUUGAUCGUUUUGCCGGCAGAGAAGGCCUUCGUGGGAACUGCAUUGUGCGGGCCUCAACGACAGACCGCAUUCCCGGCGUGAAGACAGCCAUACCGGCUAUCCUACAGUACCCAAUCACAGAUGCUGCCUUUACCUUCAUGGAAUUCCUCUCGCAAGUUAUCUACGGGCAACUGCCGUCGUCUAUUAAGGCAGCCAUUAAGCUCUUCUCUAUUAAACCUGCGUCCCCCAAGAAGGAGUAA